AAUAAAAUACAAAAUGAGGUAGAUAAAGUGCACUUAGUGCCAGUCAGGAAGUAGCUAUACUUAUAUUACAUUUCAUGGAAAAUGAAAGUGAAAGUAUGGAUGGUGGAUAAAAAUGAAGAGGAACACAUAGACACGGCUGUCAACAGACGCUCCUCCAACACGGGACAGACCAACUGAAGCCAUGCGGUGUAAAGAGGACAUCGGACCAGUGUUGAGUCCUCCAUGUCGCACACCAGCAAGACAGAGACAGAAAGUGCAGAAACAGCAAGCAGAGGAAGGAUCCAGAGUGGUUGAGGAGCUGGUCUCCAUAUCCCCAGAACUGGCCAGCUGGAUCAAACUCAACGCUGACGCCCUCAAGAUCCGGCAGAAAGACCGCAGCUGGGCUGCAGAGGUGGUCAACGAUUUCCGUGAGAACCUGCUAAAAUUCCUGAGGAGCAACAGUGAUCAGCCUUUCUUCCAGUCAGCGGACUUCCUCACCACCGGCAGCUACUUUGAAAAAGUUAAGAUCCACAGCCCCGAUGAGUUUGACAUGAUGCUGAAGCUUCAGGUUCCUUCACGCCUCAACAUGACAGAGCUCGACGAUGGCCUCUUCUAUCGGCUCGAUUUCAUCCGGCCCACCAGGAGCCACAUACAGGCCUUUCUUUUGGAGAACGAGCGCACCCUCUCAUCGAGCAAGAUCUUAAGUGAGAUGUAUCGCCUGGUCCGCAAGUUCCUCAAGACCUACCAAGUGCCUGACAGAAGAUGCCGCUGGGAGGUGAACAGGAAGCGUCCCACCUCGCCGGCCGUGACUUUGUCUCUGCUCAGGAGUGAAAACGACAGUGACGAGCUGAUCUCUGUGGAUGUGGUUCCUGCUCUGGAGGUUCACUCCUCUCAGGGCUGGCCGCUCACCAUCCGUAACGGCCCAGAUGUGGACAACUGGCUUGGAAAGAAGGUUCGCCAAGAAAUCAGAAGUUUGCCGUGUUUCUUUGUGCCGAAGAGGCUCAAAGGACGAAAUCUCAGCGAGGAGGCAAAAGAAAGUUGGAGGAUUUCUUUCUCUCACAUUGAGAAGAAAAUCAUCACAAGCCACGGCAACAAGAAAACCUGCUGUGAGAGCAAAGCCACCAAGUGCUGCCGUAAGCAGUGCUUAAUGCUCCUCAAGUCUCUGAUUGAGGGCCUGAAACAACGUUUUCCCAAAGAGCUGGAAGGCCUCUGCUCGUAUCACGGGAAAACCGCCUUCCUCCACACGCUGUCCAUCAGGUUCAGCGACUCCAUGUGGGCGCCCAAGCAGCUUCCUGUCUGCUUCUUGCACCUCCUCGGGGCUCUGGAGGACCACGCACGUGGAGGCAUCCUGCCUCACUUCUUCGUCCCCAGCUGCAACCUCUUCUGCCCAGCCGUCUUCCCCCGCAGAGCGCUGGCUUUCCUCGUCAAGGCCCUGGAGGAGCAGAGGAGGGAGGGCCUGCCCCUGCUGAAGCCUCCAGCUCCUGUCCCUCCGCUGAGACUAAUGACUCCCUCAGCAGACACCUUCCCCAAGAAAACCACCGAUAGGUUCUCCAUAAUGACUGCGAUUCCCCUUCUAGACACAGCAUUCAUUAAUAAACUCUUCAUAGCGUUUAUCGGUGGUGCUGUAGUUUGGUAUGUGUCCUCUUUCAUUUGUAAGUGAUGGGAAAAUAUGAGUAUAUGAACGAGGUGAAACGAGGUGCAAAAAGCAACACAGUUUUAUGAGUGUCCAUAAUAAUUUGGAUAGACAAAGAUGACUAUAAUUUUAAUACUACUAAUGACAAUGGUAAUGAGGAGCAAACUUGUAAAAUUAAAAUAACAUUUGCCUGUUUAUUUAUACCUAAUUAUUUAUUGUUUGCUUUUAAAGCAGAAAUGUUUUUAAUGCAAGCUAUUUCUUCUUGUAGCUUUUCUCAAAAAGACACACUAGAAGCCUUUCCUCAUUUUUUCAUAUAUUCAAAUUGCUAAUAGUUUUUUCCUGAUUUCAGAUCAGCAACAG